GCCAGCCCAUCCUCAAGUUUCACUACACGCUCGGACAUCACACACAUGCACACAAUGAGCUCUGUCUUUGAACUGAAAACACUUCAUUUCAUGCACCGGAUUUGAGCAACCACGGAUUGCUGCUCCAUAUGAGGAAGAAAAUCUUAAAAGCACCUUGUCUCUUCUUGAGUCUGUUCACAAGUUUGAAUCUCUGCUCCGGAAAAUUUGGCACGGCGAUAACUGACGAUGUGAGCAAGCUGUCAUUACUGAAGCAGAACAUCCCCUCUGAUUAUGAGAUUCCUGUUACUUACAUUCCCAAAGAAGUGGCUGGCACGUGCUGGGUGGUGUUGAACAUAUAUCCGUUGGAGCAAAGUCUUCGGAAGCUGGCCAGCAUGUUCGGUGCCAUCUCCUCCAACAAAGAAAACAUAAUUGUCUUCAUUGCGAUGCUAAAGAGUUUCCGCUUCACCUUUGACCACGAGGAACUGGAAACAGCGAUGCAAGUCUUCCAGUGUCACUACCAGGAGGGGAGCUUAAUGUCUGGUCUUUACUUUGACUACAUCAAAGACGUCUUACACGCCGCUUCUCAAGAAACAUCCGGCCUGUCAUGCAAGCCGCCACCGUGCCUUAAUCCACAACAAACACCAGGGGGUCUGGAGGAGGGUCGCGAACACAGCUGGUUGAAGAGAACUCCAUUGCUUCUGGCUCUCAUCCCCUUCACAGCUUGUGUUGUUGUCAUAGUGUGGCUGGUCAAGUCUGGGAGGCUUUUACCAGUUUGCAACACUGAAAAUAGCCAAAUGGCACCUUCUGACAUGAUCUCAACUGUGUCUAUCUCCAUCCCACUUCAAACACUCACCCACGCUGCUGACACUGAGCCAGUGGGGGAGGCGAUCCCUGAACAUGAGAGCGGAUGAAGCAUGAUUAAUAGAAAAGGGAAAUCUGGACCGCAGAAUAACCACUCACUCUCCAGGUUGCUCUGUUAUUGGCAGGAGCCUGCUGGAUAAACGAGUGUGGUCUGACACUUCCUCUGCUUUCACUCAUCUGAGUGCAUGGACCUGAGCUAUGACAGAAAAACCUGCCGUGAAGACAGGUGCGACACAAAAUCCCCUAGGCACUUCUAGCACUUAACCACUGAAAGAGGGUUUUUUGGGACCAGAGGAAGAACUCACUACACAAUGGCUGGUUAUGUGCCAAAAGGACUGGUGAAGUACAUUAAUUGUCUCGUCUUGGCCAGUGUUUUACAGCAUUUGGCUCGUCUUCUCUGAGCAGUUGAGUUUUUUUCAUUCUUGCCACUCUGAACGGUUGCCAUUCAGGGUGUUGCCAUGCUCGAGUUUUGGGCUGCAAUCAAAUGUAUCAUUGGAGCCUCAAAUCAAAAUGAUAUUACACUGUUUGGAAGACGUCAUUUCAUUCUGAGAUAGGACUCCUGUCAUCAGUCUGUUGGCUGUGUCCUGGUGGUUUCAGAGACUGUCCUUUCACUGCUGUCAACACCCAACACACUGAAUCCCAACCUGCUCCUUUAUAUCUACUGAAAUGCAUAUACACCAAGAAAUACAUUUCAAUCUACUUCUCUUAUGCAUCAGGUGAUUAAAGAAGCUGCGUUUGAUUUUCUGCAGCUUCUCUUUUACUUGUUGAUAUUAUUCUGAUCUGUCACAAAUUGCAAACCUGCUAGUCACAAACAACACGUCAAGCACUUCAACAAGCGUCCUACUUUGUGUAUCAAAGAUCUGACCAGAUGGCAGAUAGCCAUCGCCAGAGGCACUUUGAAUCCCAUCAUUGUAUUUCAAAGCUGUUGCCCAGUGAUCUAUAGCUGCUGCUCGGCCACAGUGAGUGUGUUUUUAAUGCCUUAUUCACUGAGUCAAUCAUGUUCAGUCAUGAGAACAUGACUCCCCGAGUGUGAGCGCUCUUGUACUGUAUGUGUCAGAGAGAGGGAGCGAGUGACAGGACAGGCAGGACGAGGGAAAGUGAGGGAGAUAGGGAUGGAUAGAUGGAUGGAGGGAUGAGCUCAGUGAGAAGCAUAAGGAGGGCUUGUUCUCGCCACAAAAGAACUGGCCGUAGGCUGGAGGAAAUGCCAGUUACAAACACGACUGAUGUCGGCAGAUCCCUAUGAAUCAACAGGCAAAGAAUCUUUCCAGACCGCAGGCUAUGUAGCCUCAUCUACAGAGGAUGGUUAGUAUUUCAAUAACAGUUUUCUGUAUUCUAAUGAUUUAUUUCCAAAACACAUUGACGAAAAAGGGGAAGAUAUACCUUUAUUAAAAUGUUUUGAAGUUGUAGGUCUACGUGUUUUAUUGUCUUUCUGGUGACCAAUUUGUAUUUUAUUUUUUGUAUUUUUUGUGAAAAUGUGUAUUUGCAUUGUAUGUGAUAUUUAAGUUAUUUUGUUACGAGAUAAACCACAAAAUGUCAGGAACUUUUCUACAAUUGUAAUGUUGAAAAAUAGACACAUUUAAGUCACGAAUGUAAAGGGGGUAGACAGAAUACUGUGUACAUUCUGGAGAAGCACAUUAUAACCUUAAAGUAACUAAAUCACAAUAGUGUGUUACAGCACUGGGUCUUAAAGUUGGUCAGUGUUCAUAUUUAUGAAAUAUUUACAACUUUUUGUCUACCCCCUGCAAACGGCCCAUGAGCAAAUCAUGUUGUCACUAUUAUAUGUAUGUUCUGAGAAGAUUUGUCAGUAAUGUAUAAAUAAAUAUAUAUAUAUUGGUACAUGUUAUUAUUGUUGUCAACAACAACACAGUGAAGUCUGAAUGUUUCCUUGGGUUCUUUUAAUUAAAAAAAAGAAUAAAAGCCUACAAAAAAAACUUUCCUUAAUAUGGACAACAGUGGACUUGACAUAAGGCCUCCAUUAUUGUUUUUUGUCAUAUUUGGACAUACUCCCUGACCUAUGAUGUCAUUUAACGGAUGCUUGAUAAUUAUUUGAUGCUUUGUUGCAGUGUUUAUUGAUUGCAUAAAUAACAAUAGCAUCAAUAAAACGUUUUGGUGACUAAAUUUGUUAUGAUGAAACGGCAUUUGUGUUUGUUCCACAACACAAGGAGCAAUGCUUUUGAGCUGGAUCUGUAACUCCUUUGUUUUCAUUGAACAUGUGACUACAUUUUACUUUGUUUUAAUAAAAAUACAUUUACA